GAACGACUGUGAGAAGAUCAUCCACCAGCGAACCAACACGGCCCCCUUCGACCUGGUCCCUCAGGAGGAAGGUGCCGGCGUCCCCGUCACGGGGAUGAAGCCGCUGGACGGCAGCGGAGAGCGCCCGAAGGGCAUUCAGGAGACGGAGCAGAUGCUGCAGGUGGGCACGGUGCUGACGGGGGUGGGCGAGCUGGUCCUGGACAACGCCGCCAUCAAGCUGCAGCCCCCGAAGCAGGGCCUGCCCUACUACCUGAGCGGCCUGGAUUUCCACACCCUGCUGCAGAAACAAGAAGCCAGCGUCCGGUUUUGGAAAAUCCUGACCGUCGCUUUCGGUUUUGCCACCUGCGCCGUCCUCUUCUUCAUCCUACGGAAGCAAUACCGGCAUCACCGGGAGCGGCGACACCUCAGGCAGAUGCAGGAUGAAUUCCGACAGGCCCAGGAGCGCCUGAUGGGGGAGAUGAGCGCCGAGGGCAGAGAGACGCUCAGAAACGCCUGCGUCGUCUGCCUGAGCAACACCAAAUCCUGCGUCUUCCUGGAGUGCGGCCACGUCUGCUCGUGCACCGAGUGCUACGGGGCUCUCCCCGCGCCCAAGCGGUGCCCGGUCUGCAGGCAGCCCAUCGCCAGGGUGGUCCCCUUGUACAACAGUUAA